AUGAAAGAUAAAGCUCAAGAGUUUUGGACAAGAUGGAAUUUCCCAAAUUGUAUUGGCGCGAUCAAUGGUAAACAUAUUCGAAUGAAGUGCCCAAAAAAUACCGGAACAUUAUAUUUUAACUACAAAGAACAUUUUUCUAUCGUCUUAUUAGCACUAGUAGAUGCGAAUUGUAAAUUUUUAAUCAUUGAUGUUGGAUCCUAUGGCAAAGAAGGAGAUAGUGACGACGAAAAACUACCAGACACUAAUAAUUCUACACCAUUUGUAGUUGUAGGCGAUGGAGCAUUCAGACUUCACAGACACAUCAUGAAACCAUAUUCUAAAUCUUCAGCUAGACAAGACAGAGCAAAAACUAUUUUUAAUUACAGGUUAAGUCGUUGUUGUAGAGUGACGGAAAAUGCAUUUGGCUUAUUAUCACAAGUUUUUAGAAUAUUUCAUACUGCAAUAGGAACUGAUUUAGAAGUAUGUGACGAUUUAGUAAUUGUCGCAUGUUGUUUGCACAAUAUGUUGAGAGAUGCUUUUUGGAAAAAG